AUGGAGCAAGGGAGGAAGGAACCGGAGAGCGCCGAAGCGUCCCAGUUUCGCCUGACGGCCGGCCGGAUCCCGGAGGUGCCCUUCGGCCUCAGCACCAGCCCCGCCGUCCUGUCCCACUACGGCGUCUCGGCGAACACCGUCACGCUGUUCCGCAGGGUAGACAAUGACCGGAGGGAUCUGGAUAUGAACAACAAAGAUGUUGAUACUGAGAAGAUGACUCGUUUCGUUCGGGUGAAUGAGCUCCGCCUGGUGACAGAGUACAACCCUGUGACAGCAAUUGGUGUGAUGCAGAGUUCGCUCCAGUUUAACCUCCUCCUGAUCACAGACAAGAUGUCCCCAAAGCACCCUGAGCGAAUGCGCAAGUUUCGGGCGACAGCAGAGCUCUUCAAGGGAAAGAUUCUCUUUAUCCUGUUAGACAGCAAUUUGAAGAGCAAUGAACCAGUAGUGUCAUAUUUCCAGCUGAAGAAGUCCCAGCUGCCAGCUCUGGCUGUAUUCCACACACCAGAUGAUGAGCAUGAUGUGAUGACUGUGGAUGAAAUCUCCAUUGAGCGUGUGCAGGACUUCUGUAAUCGUUUCGUACAAAGAAUGAAGAAGAAAGAAGACGAAUCUGAGAAGCCCCUCAAUGAGGAACUCUGAUUCUUUCUCAGCCAACAGGAUGACUGUGCCCAGAAUCAUCUGUUUCUGGUGUAUUAAGAGUUCACCCUGCAGCUCGAUAAUUUCUGAACCAAGUUGGUCAUGUAUUCCCAUCACCAUUCUAUGUAUAUAUAUGCUGUCUAUCCUCUCCAGAAAUCUCUUAUCUCUUCUCAUUCGUUGGCUCCAGUUCACUUCUUUUCAGUACUCCAGUACCUUUGGUAUUGCCUUGCAAUGUGUCCUUCCAUGCCACUCUGUUGGAGCGAAGAGUGGCGUGGCAAAAUGGCAAUAUCAGAGGUAAAGCUAGUAGUUCCCAGGGAUCUGUUUCCCUCAUUCUCUUGGCUUUUGGUGAUAUGCUGGGAUCCACUGUCAGCCUUUCCCGACACUACAAACGGAUUGGUUGCUUGAUGUCACAUGAACUUUUCCAUUUAUUUUACUAAAUAAAGUAGAAAGUGAAUAGCCUGAAUUUUUACUCAAA